UUUUAACAGCAACUUUUGUAGGAAAGUGUUUGAAGCAAAUAAAUAAACAGAGCGUGUUUGCUCCAGUUAACAAGGUCAUGUGUGUAGUGUGGCAGUAAUUUUUGUGUCUGUUAAAAAAUGAACCCCCAAGAAGCGGUACAUCCAAAUUGCGUGCAAAUAGAUCUGAUUGGUAUAAUAAUAAACAAAUUAUGGUCGUUUGGGCGCACGCUCACCGUUUCACAACCAUGACAACCACAAGCAAACAAAAUAUUUUUAAUAUUUUACAUUUUGAUGAUGUGUAAUUACGAAAAAAAAUUGCAUCGAUUGACUUCCCAUUUUAAUGGCGAAAUAUUAAAAUUAUAUUGACGAUAAACUUGGGUAUUAUAACAAAGUGAAUAUAGUGUCCAUAACCCCUGUUAUUACCUUUUAUUUUUCUAAAUUGCUAGAAUAUCAAUUUUAGUGGAUACUUUCUAGUCCAGUGCUUUACGAAAACGUUCCAAUCAAUAUCGCAGAGAAAUUAUAUAAAUUAUUUAUGUAUUCAAGUGUUCCAAUAGGAUAUGAAUUACUGUUCCCCCCUAUUGCAUUCUUAAUAUUUCAUUAAUAUCGUUAUAAUUGAGUCAAUGUGCCACUUACAUACAAUGAGCUUAUUCCCAACCCAAAAAUCAAUAGUUUUACGGAGACAUUUUAAAGAAUUGAAUUCAUUAAUUUUUCAUUAAACAGCCAAGUAUGUGACACACGACCGUUCAUCAACGGUUCGUUGGUGUAAUUAAGGCAUUUCUAAAAACAAAGUUUUAUUCUUGUUUUAUUUGAAAAACAAGAAAAUUAAAGCAGAGCAAGUUGCUCAUUUAGCAACAUAAACAAUAAAAUGGAAGUGAAUGCUACCUAAGGACAAGCUAAAUUAAAAGUGCCAGUGAAUUACAAAAGAAAAAUAAAUGAAUCGUUACAUAACGCUGAAUCCACUAGGAGAUGGUACCUAUGGAACGGUGGUCCUUGGCCAGCGUAAAGACACCGGCGAAAAGGUGGCAAUUAAACGAAUGAAAAGGAAAUACUAUUCAUGGGAUGAAGCAAUGAGUUUGCGUGAGGUGAAGUCACUGAAAAAAUUGUCACAUGCCAAUGUUGUUAAGCUGAAGGAAGUGAUCCGAGAAAAUGACAUUCUCUAUUUCGUAUUUGAGUAUAUGAAGGAGAAUUUGUAUCAACUUAUCAAAGAUCGAGAAACACAUUUUCCGGAAGGAACUAUUCGAAAUAUGUUGUUUCAAGUUUUGAGUGGAUUGGGUUUCAUGCAUCGUCAUGGUUUCUUCCAUAGAGAUUUAAAGCCUGAAAAUUUGCUAUGUUCGGGACCAGAGCUAGUUAAAAUCGCGGAUUUUGGCUUAGCAAGAGAAAUCCGUUCAAGACCCCCAUAUACUGACUAUGUUUCGACGAGAUGGUAUCGAGCUCCAGAAGUAUUACUUCAUUCUACUCGAUACGGAAGCGCUAUAGAUCUAUGGGCCAUCGGUUGUAUUAUGGCUGAACUGUACACGUUUCGUCCGCUAUUUCCGGGAAGUAGCGAGGUGGAUCAACUAUUUAAAAUUUGUUCUGUUUUAGGAACACCAGAUAAAAAUGAGUGGUCCGAAGGCCAUCGACUUGCUUCGGUAAUUCAGUUUCACUUUCCUGAAUGUCCGAAAGUCGAACUAACUGCUGUGGUGACACGAGCCAGUUCACCAGGUAUUCAGUUACUGGAAGACCUUUUACAAUGGGAUCCGGAGCGGCGUCCGACCGCACAGCAAUCUCUUAAAUAUCCGUAUUUUCAAAUUGUGAAACGAAUAUCAUCGACCACGCAUCACAUAACACCUGUAACACAAGUUGCGUCACAGCAAAAUCAAUCAAUAAUAAGUAAUGGGACGAAUGGUUAUGGGUCGAAUGGUCAUGCGAUGAUAGAGAACGGCGAGGAUGAUUCGUAUGGACUAAGGAAUGAGAAGUAUAAUUUGACUAACAACGGCGAUGCACGGCACAGUGGUCAAAGUAAAAAGGAACUAAAUUUGGAAUUGAUCAAUGGGAUGCUUGGCAAGUUAGCGUUGAGUCAACAACAACAGCAAAAUAAUCUGAGUAAUGUUCUGAAUGGGACGGCAAAAUCGGCUGCAAGAACAUCGGAAGAAUUGUCAGAGAGUUUUCUUCGAAGCAAUAAACUUCCGGACAAUGGUUAUUUAAACGAAAAGAUAAACGACAUAUAUGUCAACCGGAAUGUGGGCCAACUGUACAGCAACGGAACCAAGCCAAACAAACAAAAAUCUAUAGCAUCGACGACAACAUUCGACGGUGGUAAUGCGUAUGCAAACACCUACAAAGGAUUUUAUUUGCACAAUCCAUCAAACAAUAACAAUGAAAAAUUGCUCAAUGACUCGAAAAUAUAUAACGCAUUUUCCAAACAAAAGAACGUCGUUCCAAUAUUGGAAAAUAAACAGAAAGUUGAUGGUCACAACGAAUAUUUAAUGGGAAACAUACCAUCUGCUUCACUGAUACGAGCGAAACAAAUGCCGAUGGAAAAUUGGAACACGACCGAUACCUUUGAAGAUGAUGAAUUUGCGAGUUUGUUAGGAAGUAAAAUUAAAUCGUCAAGGCCGCGAAAGGAUUCAAUAUCCACAAUAAAAUUGGAAGAUCUGUUCGGUACAUCAACAUACGGCAGAGUAAGCCCAGUUAAGUAUUUAUAUCCGAAUACAGUACCGCAAACGAAAGGUUCGACGUUGAGAGACCUGGGAAUUCCUGACGACGAUUUCAAACAAGGACAUUCGAGCGCCAAUGUGGGUGCUACUAAAAGACGAUCCCAACAAUUUACUUACAACAAUGUCUUCGGCCACGGUAUUUCCAAUAAUGACUACAAAAAUGCGAAAUUGUUUCCAUGGGAACAGUCCAAUAAGAAAUCAGAAAGGCUCAGUGCAUGGAUGGUGGAUGAAACAGAUCCGUUGAGCAACAAUUAUUCAACGAAUAGCAAAACAAAUCGAACGGACUGGGCAUCUAAGUACCUGAACAAUUAGAAUUUUUGUUACAGUCAGAGAAAUUAAUUUUGUUUACGACUUUUAAUACAAAAAAUGACUCAUGAUCUCCACUCAUGCAUCCUACACUAUUACGUCAUCUCUUCUGAUGAAUUGAUUGUGUAAGAUGGAAACAAGCGAAAGUGGUGAAUCCUAAAGUUCGUUUACAAAAUAUUUUCCCACGUCUGUAUUCAAGCUAAGUCUGCUUACAUUAAAAGCACGGAUUUUUGGGAAAGCAUUUUUCCAUAUUUUUAGAUAAAAAAGGGGAAAAAAACAGGAAAAUGUGGGGAAAUUCAGGAAAAUAUAAGACUAUCCUUUGAACCUGAAAUUCAAGUCCAGUUCCAAGAUUCAAAUGAUUUGAACAUCAUGUUUCAGGUCAACCUGACCUGUUCCGAGCCUUAUAUUUUCCUGAAUUUUCACCCAUUUUCCUGUUUUUUCCCUUUUUUAUCUAAAAAAAUAUUUUUCGAAAAUAUGGGAAAGUAUAGGAAAAUAUAAGACUCGGUCGACCAUGAACCUGAUUGUUGCCUUGUUCCUGCAUUUUCUCACAUUUUCCGAGAUUUAUCUUAGUUAUCUAAAAAAAAUGAUUUUGGGAAAUUCUGGAAAAUAUGGAAAAAUGUUUUCCCAAAAAUAGUCCCUAAUCAAUAGAGAAUCAGUACCCAAUACAUGAGAGUAAAUUCACUUGAGAGAUUAGAUAACGCUCUAAAAUUAGUGAAUUCCUUUUGAAAUAUUAGCCAUGAUAGAGUAGAUUUUGUAUUCUGAAGAAAAAAAACUAAUCUUAAAGACGUCUGUGAUAUAACAUGUAAUUUAGACACAUUAUAGCUAACUGUUAAUUAGGUGAUCAAUUGCCGUAAAUUACUUUGUACUAUGGUUCUGUUUAGUUUAUGUUUAUUGAGAAUUAUUGAGAACAAUGUAAAUUAACAAUAAAAUAUUGUCAUAAUUAGCAAAUUUAUAAAAAAAAUCGAACCGUCCAAAAUAGCAACAAAAAUAUUUAAUAAAUGUUACUCACUACCAAUUACAUUCUG